AUGUUUUUCGACCUGAACAUCCCAGUUCCUCCCCCUGCGACUCUCAAACACUUGAGUCAACCUCUUAAAAAGAAGGGAAAGACCAAACCAGGAAUACCCGAACCUCCUGGGACCACACAGGCUCCAGCCAUCGAACUCUUUUCUCAAGCACAAGUUGACAUCUUUGAGCGCAAGAUUGACGUUCUAUCGCACUUAGGAUAUACGGUCUUUGCUCUCAACCAAACGAUCCAGACUUGCUUUUCACCAAACGGACAUGUCAAUUACCUAGAGGAGCUUUCGAAGAGACUAAAAGUUCGGGAUGGUAUUGUCAUUCUUAAGCGACUUACCAUCCUCUUGGAUGACGCGAGCGAAAAAGGCAUUGGAUUGACAAAGAACCAUCAAGCCGCGUUAAUGGCGUACGAUAUACUUUCUCUCCAGCCGACCUCACAAGCCACCUUUUCGCUCGCGUGUCUCAAGCACUCUGCAGCAUCACCCCUCACUGCGCAUAUCAUAACCCUUCCACUCACAGGACCACGGCUACCGUUCUUCUUCAAGCAUACACUAAUACGAACCGCUAUCAAAAACGGUGCCGCCUUCGAGGUCACCUAUAGUCCGGCAGUCGGAGGAGCAGGUGAUGUGGAAAGAAGAAACUGGUGGGCUGCUUGUAGGGAGCUGACCAGGGUCACCAAAGGGAAAGGGGUAAUUUUCAGCUCGGGGACAACGACGACCCCAAUGACAGACGUGAGGGCUCCUCAGGAUAUUAUAAACAUUGCGACCAUGCUGGGCUUUGCUGCAGAUGAAGCGAAGAAAGCACUUUCCAACUCUGUCCAAAGCCUGGUCAUUCGUGCAUAUACUCGCAAGACGCAUCAAUCCGUUUUAUCAGAGCCGACCAUUGUAUAUCCGGACGAGCCGGAUAAUGGACACACACCUCUCAAACGACCGCGUGAAGCAAAGACGGACGAGGAAGAGGGGCGACCUACCAAGCGGCCUAAACCAUGA